GGCCAUCCUCCACUAUACUGCCGGGCCAAAGCAGAGAGCUGGACUGGAAGAGGAAGAAUCAGGACAAAAUCCGGUGCCCUGACCAGGACUAGAACCCAGGGUGCCAGCGCUGCAGGUGGAGGAUUGGACUAUUGAACAAUGUAUUUUGCUAGCAGGCUUUUCUGAGUGGGAAAAAAAUGGGUGGAAGUAAGAAAUAAACGUAAGCUACCUUGAUGAACUACAUUAGCUCCAUUUCUUUCCAUGACUCACUGGCUUUGCGUGAACUACUGCCCUUGUGACUGCUUGCCAUCCAGGGCUCUGACCAUGGGAAUCAUCUUUGUCUCUCAGACAGGAGUCGGAUUCCUAGGAAACAUCCUGCUCCUUCUCUGCUAUGGCUUCCUUUCCUGCACUGGACGAGGGAUAAAGCACAUGGAUUUGAUUCUCCAUAACCUAAUUGUAGCCAACUGCUUGGUUCUGCUCUCGAGAGGCAUUCCUCAGACCAUGGCAGCUUUUGGGCUGAAAUAUCUCAUGGACGAUUUUGGAUGCAAACUAGUUUUCUAUGUUCACAGAGUGGCCAGAGGGGUGUCUCUGAGUGCUACUUCUCUCCUGAGUGGCUUCCAGGCCAUCACAAUCAGCCUUAGCAGCCCCGAGUGGAUGGAGCUCAAGGUCAAAGCCCUCAAAUCCAUUCAACUUUCCAUUCUGCUCUGCUGGACCCUUCACCUGUUGGUAAAUAGUAUUGUUCCUAUGUAUAUUACAGCAAUGAGGGAGAGCAACAACCUCACAGAGAAAAAGGACUUAGGGUUCUGUUCUGGCUUAAUUAUUGACAGAUGUAUAUCCUUAUUGCAUCCAAUGACAUUUUCCUUCAUUGAUGUGCUCCACAACAUGAAAACAAACAACCCACUUAAGAGAUGGGCCAAAAAUAAAGUAAUACUUGCAAAAAUGGAAACUUUCAUUGAUGGUGUCAACAAACACAAGUGGAAUACCUAUAUGAUCACUAUCAACUGUGUAUGGGAGAAAAUGGAGCACAAGCCACUUAGGGUUGAAUUCUUCAUGGUGGCCAGUGACAGGCGUUGCGAAUUUACUGGGUCAGCCUGCUGUCGGCCUAUUCAAACCAGUGGUGCCAGGCCCGGCACACCCCGGUGUGGGCUGCAGAGCGCAGAGCAGAGCGAGGCCCGCGAGCGCUGGGCACUCAGCGGUGGGAGAAUCGCGGACCAGAUGGCAGCGCUCCGGGCGGGGCAGAUCUGA